AUGGACGGAGGGACUUGGUUUUCACGCGCGCACGCUCUCUUGUUCUCCCUCUUCACGCUCUCGCUGAUAGGUAGAACCAGGUGUGCUCGCUUCGUUCUGUAUCUCUUCACGCUCUCGCUGAUAGGUAGAACCAGCAAUCACACGCGGUUCCUCUUCUAUCGCCCGAGCAGUGAGGCGUCGACAUCGUCGCCUUUCAAUCGGCAAUGCCAAGUACAUCUACUGCAUGGCCGACAUCUUUGGCAUCGUCGUCGCAGCCGGCUCGCACACGCUCCUCUCGAAGCUCUUCCCGGAGCACAAGACGCUCAUCGCCGAGGCUGUCCUCGCUGA